CCGCUCCCGUCCCGCCGCCUCCCCCGGCAAAGUUUCGCUGCAGCAGCAGCGGCGGCCGCGGCCCAGCCGGCGCCUCACGGACACCCGCCCCGGGGAGGCCGCCUGCUUCGCGCCGGAACUAAAUUGGAGGAAUCCAUCAUCGUUUUUGAUGCGAAGGCUUCAUCACUGACAUCUCUAUGUUCAUUUGUCAUCCUCCAGGAAAUAACACGGCUCAUCAGCUGCAAUAAGUGCUUUGGGUGUAAACUGACAUUUAUUUGGAAAAAAACAAAUUAGUUGACAAAAAACCCAACAGACAAAACCCAACAAACUUUUUGAAGACUUGUGUCAAAUGACGUCAAUGGCCAGUUUGUUCUCCUUUACUAGCCCAGCUGUAAAGCGUCUGUUGGGCUGGAAACAAGGAGAUGAAGAGGAAAAAUGGGCAGAAAAAGCUGUUGAUGCUUUGGUGAAAAAGCUGAAAAAGAAAAAGGGUGCUAUGGAAGAACUGGAGAAGGCCUUGAGCAGCCCAGGGCAGCCCAGCAAGUGCGUUACAAUCCCCCGCUCCUUGGAUGGGCGGCUGCAGGUGUCUCACAGGAAGGGCCUUCCCCACGUCAUCUACUGCCGUGUGUGGCGCUGGCCGGAUCUGCAGAGCCACCACGAGCUGAAGCCCUUGGAUAUUUGUGAAUUUCCUUUUGGAUCCAAGCAAAAGGAAGUCUGCAUCAAUCCGUACCACUACAAGAGGGUGGAGAGCCCAGUUCUACCUCCAGUGUUAGUGCCUAGACAUAGUGAAUUCAACCCCCAGCACAGUCUGCUAGUUCAGUUCAGGAACCUGAGCCACAACGAGCCGCACAUGCCUCACAACGCGACGUUUCCGGACUCCUUCCAGCAGCCCAACAGCACUCCAUUCUCCAUCUCACCAAACAGCCCCUACCCCCCUUCUCCAGCCAGCAGCACUUACCCGAGCUCCCCAGCCAGCUCUGGGCCAUCCAGUCCCUUUCAGCUGCCAGCUGAUACUCCACCUCCUGCAUAUAUGCCCCCUGAUGAACAAAUGGGGCAGGAUAAUUCACAGUCUAUGGACACAAGCAAUACAAUGAUCCCUCAGAUCAUGCCAAAUAUAUCUACCAGAGAUGUUCAGCCCGUUGCCUAUGAAGAACCCAAACACUGGUGUUCCAUUGUGUAUUAUGAGUUAAAUAACCGUGUUGGGGAGGCUUUCCAUGCAUCUUCCACAAGUGUCUUAGUAGAUGGCUUUACAGAUCCCUCCAAUAACAAGAACAGGUUCUGCUUAGGUUUGCUCUCCAACGUUAAUCGCAACUCAACAAUCGAGAACACUCGGCGGCACAUUGGCAAAGGAGUCCAUCUCUACUAUGUUGGUGGAGAAGUCUAUGCUGAGUGUUUAAGUGAUAGCAGCAUAUUUGUACAGAGCAGGAACUGCAACUACCACCAUGGCUUUCAUCCAACAACUGUAUGCAAGAUUCCCAGUGGAUGCAGCCUGAAGAUUUUUAACAAUCAGGAGUUUGCUCAGCUUCUAGCUCAGUCUGUCAAUCAUGGAUUUGAAGCAGUCUAUGAGCUCACCAAAAUGUGCACCAUUCGAAUGAGUUUUGUAAAGGGCUGGGGAGCUGAAUAUCACCGGCAGGAUGUCACGAGCACCCCGUGCUGGAUAGAAAUUCAUCUUCAUGGGCCCCUCCAGUGGCUGGAUAAAGUACUUACACAAAUGGGUUCUCCUCUUAAUCCCAUCUCAUCUGUUUCAUAGUGCUGCAAUUCCACCUUCAGCCUUAUUUUUAGUGAACUUAUUCUAAUUCUAGAGAAACUUCCAGUGGAUACUGUGAGCUAUAUGGAGAAUGGAUCUUAUGAUUUAACUUUUUUUUUUUUUUAAGAUCCCUUUGUGACCAAUUCCAUUGUGUAUAGCUAAUCAGUUUUACAUUUCAAAUUGUUCUUGUGAUGCUUAAGUGACAGUUGAGCCCUAAGGGAAAAAAUAGUCUAUUGAAAAAUUCAGAACACUUUUCCCCUUCUUCCCCUUAAAACUUAAACAGACAAAUGUCUUAACUGGAAAGUCUUUUUGUCCUGUAGGGACAAGAAUUAAUGAAGACUGACUUCAGAAAAUAAAUACAUAUCAUAAUUUGGGAUUUUUUUAAUGUGUUUUAAUGAAACUGUUUGAACAUGUGCAGCUCCAGCUUGCAAGCUGUAUUUUUAGCUUAGUGUUUUAACAUCUUAAGGUUGACAUCUGUCAUAAGCAAAAUUAGACUUUAUUAUGGCUAAUUUGCCUCAGAUUGAACAAUGUGAUUUUUUUUUUUAAAUGUACACAUGAAAUAUACUUUUUACAAAUAUUGGAGUGGUGUAAAAACACUUGUAUUUUCUAUUGGAAAAUGCUGUCAUAAACACAUUGUAUAUUAAUGCAGAAUAGCAGUUCUUAGCCUUUUCCCACUUUGGUUUUGUAAUAUCUCUUUUAACCACCAUUUAAAGUAGUAAUUGAUCCAAGGUAAACAUCCUGCACGGUUCUGGAGUAGUGAUUCUUGUUUUGCUUUGAUUUACACUCAUGCCGUUUGGAUUUGGUUGCCAAGGCUAUUUCUUUUUAGGUACCUUUCUCUAUUUUAACAUAAACACUACUAUUUGUAAAUGGCAGUGCUUACUACUUUUUGGAAGGAAUAAGUUUUUGUUUUCUUUUUGGUGUUCUAGCUGUUUAUUUUACCUGUCUGGAAUUGAUCUGUGUUAGGCCUUUUUAGUCUCUCAGUAGACACUAUGCAGUAUUAGUGAUUACACUGUAUUUAAUUCACUUUCAAGUAUGAGUUUGAGUCUCUUUGAAGACUGUGAGUGGCUUAGCAAAUGAGUAACUGAAUGCAGAAGCUUUUACUUCCAGAUCAUGUAAUUUAAUUCAGACCUCUUGGUAAUGACCAAAAGUAAUCACUUCUUUGUAGCCUGCAUAAAACUGUGCUCUUGAUCCUGUCCCUGAUGGCAGGGCUUCAAUCAGAAGACUUGUAGCUGUGGCAUCUUUAUGGGAUUGAAGGACUGUGUUAAUAUGGCAAUGGAAUUUCUCUCUCACAUCUAAAGAAUCACAGAAUGUUAAGGGUUGGAAGGGACCUUAAAGAUCUCCCAGUCCCACCCCCUCUCUCCAUGGGCAGG